ACCGGCAACGUGGCAGCACCGAAGUCUUCAAAGUCGCACUUUUUCCCGCAGGUAACCCACAGCGGGAGGGCGCGGGAGGCCACGUGGAGAUGACGUAGACCAGAAUGCCAGCUUCUUUUUUGCUGUGAUUAUCCGGGAGGUGGACGUGAUUUCCUCUUUUGCAGCUCUGCAGCUGUCAAACCCUCCAGGGCGUGCUUCAGUGUUUACCCUCAGCUCACACAGACACACAAAGCAAACACAAAAGAGAUGAAGGAAUGUGCGCGCAUGCAGCGAAAGUGUGAUUUUAAAUCUUUUUAAUACUUAAAUAUGCUCUGCUGACAUAUUUUUUCUGGCAGUUGGAUUUUCGCUGAGCGCUGCGGGGGGAGACUAUAUACAGAUCGCAGUAUUUGGUGAACUUCACCCUCUUGUUAUCAUGCCGGCUUGUUAUCAGCGCAUGUUGUGAGGUUCCCGUGGAGUGAUGUGGCAUUUGUGGAUGUACUUUGACUGCAUCUGGGAUGUGUGAGCAGUGUUGAAGGAUCAUCAUGGAUCACAGAGGUCACUACUGGCCGGACUCAGGCCGGCAUUCCCACAGAACAAAAGACAGAGAGGGAUUUUCCAGGUACCCUCAGCAGGAAAGGGACCAGAGCUACCCACCUCCAGACCUCAGGGACAGGCACUGGGGCCAUCCUGAUGCCCGCUACGGGGCUCAUUUCCCUCCUCCCAGAGCCGAGCAGUAUCCAUACAACAGUCAGCAGUAUCAGUACGGCUAUGGACCGGAACACCAAAGACCCCUGUCCAGGCAUGGGUAUGACUAUCCACCUCACAGCCACUGGGACUACAGAGACAGCUACAGUUAUUAUGACUACUACAGAGGGCAGCCUGGACGACAAGAUGGAGGCCGGUGGGGUCCCCAAGACUCAUGGAGAGCAGAUCUGUAUCAUGAGAGAGCGCACAACCUGGAACAUCCAGGUAGCCACUAUGCUGAGGAGCACAGGUAUGACCAGGUGAGGGACAGCUCUCAGCAUUACCUCAAUGAUCAUGAGGAUAAUCCCUCCAGAGACAACGAAGAGAUUUCCUCUUAUUACCUUGGGACAUUAGAAAGCUCCAAAACCUCAGGGUUAUCUUCCAGCAGCUACGAGCUGAGUCAGUACAUGAAUGGAGCUGGACACAGUGACCCUGCCCCCCAACCUGGUGGAGACAGUGCACCUGUGCCGGCUCCUCUGAAGUACUCCAUCCCUCAUGCGGUUGUCAGUUUUGGGCCUGCGGGUCAGCUGAUUCGGGUCGCUACAGGCUUGUCAACACAGGAGAAUGUCAGCCACCUGGAAAUCCACAGUCUGGAGGUGAUUCUCAGUGAGACACAGGAGCAGCAGGAAAUGAGGAACUUCCCAGGGCCGUUAACCAGGGAGGAUUUGCACAAAGUGGAUGCUAUCGAGUUUGCCCACCAGAUGGCAGGCGCCUGCAUGAAAGACAACAAGCUGCAGGAUAAAAGCUGUGCUGCCCUCUUGUGGAACAUUCUGAUACUGCUCUGCAGACAGAAUGGGCAAAUAGUUGGGUCAGAUAUCUCAGAGCUGCUGAUGCAGGGCUCACAUUCAGAUGGAAGCUGCCCAUCAGAUACCCCCACACUCAUAGACUUCAAUGAGGACACGACCGCCGAAGCUCCACCUUGCAAAGGAGACGACCUGCUCACAGGAAACUGGAGCAGCUUUAGCUCCGAGAGCUCUGAGAAGGCCCUGCAGACCUACACUCAGCUGCUGCUGGCUGGAAGGAAGAAGGAGGCCCUGGAGUCGGCUAUGACCAGCGGCCUGUGGGGACACGCACUUUUUCUGGCCAGCAAAAUGGACAACAGGUCAUAUACCACUGUACUGAACAGGUUUACAGGCCAGCUAAGACCCAGCGAUCCCCUCCAGACUCUCUUCCAGCUGCUGUCUGGGAGAAUCCCUGCUGUAGCCACGUGCUGUGGAAAUGAAAAAUGGGGAGACUGGAGGCCCCAUCUGGCUGUUAUGCUCUCCAAUGAGACGGGAGAUCCAGCCAUCCAACAGAAGGCCAUCGUCACCAUGGGAGACACACUUGCCUCCAGAGGCCUCGUACACGCUGCCCAUGUGUGCUACCUGACAGCCAGCGUUCCCUUCGGGGCGUUCACACAGAAGGCUGAGAGACUGGUGCUUCUCGGCAGCAGCCACAGGAAAUCAUUUGGGUGCUUUGCCACAAACGCUGCCAUCCGCUGCACCGAGUUAUACGAGUAUUCCCAGACUCUCGGGGGCAAAAACCUUUCAGUACCAUCCUUUCAGGUGUACAAGCUCCUGUAUGCCUGUCGUCUGCUGGACUGUGGCCUUUCAUCUCAGGCCUUUCAUUACUGUGAGGUGGUGGGACAGGCGAUCCUCAGGCAGCAGGAGCCUUUUUUUGUGCUGACUGGAGAGGUUAUUAAGCUGUCAGACAGACUGAGAUACUCAGAGGGUCAGUUCAGUGAAGCAGGGCUCCAUGGAGCUGGGCAGGAACCCGAUUGGCUGAAACACCUACGUGCCAGGCACCACAGUUUACAGACUGGGACUUUUGAAACGUACCAGCCGGCUCCUGAGAACACCGUUACGCCUCAUGAAGCACCCUCAGAAUCAGAUUUAGACGACCUGAGCAUCAUUCAGAGUCCUGAGCCUGAACUCCUCUAUUAUCGAGGCCCUGAGGACCUAGAAAGCCCCGUGCAUGAAGGUGGGGGAGACGGCGAGGAAGCGGCAGCCACGCCGUGGGGCAUCGGCGCCGCUCAGGACCGGCCCCACGCCAGCACUCCGCUUCCUCCAGUAAUGGCGGCCUAUGCUCCCCCAGUGCCCACAGUGGCGCUGAGCCAGAAUUUCAGUUAUCAUAACACAGACAGUGCUGAAGUCAUAAGUGUCUCACAUUGUCCUCCAAAUAAUCUGCCAGGAAUAGCAGAGGGGGCUGACGUUUCCUCUGGAGCCGCGAUGGUGGACGGUCACAUGCUGGGGGGCAGCUUCAAUCAGCCGGGACGAGGCCAGCAGAUCAUUCCUCGAGGAUCGGUGGCUUCUGAAGAAACCGCCGAGCCUCCUCAACAGAACACAAAGAGGGGCUGGUUCAGUGGCUGGUUCAAAUCAAAGCCUAAAGAAGUCCAAAAGGAGACGUCAGAGCAGGGGGGCCCAGCUCAGACAGAGCUUUCACCUUCUGCUGGCCUCUGUCCUCCGCCCCCGCCUGCCAGUGCCCCCCCUGGCAUGUUUCCCCCGCAGUCUUCCUCUGCAGGGAUUAAUCCAUUCUCAAGGAAAGCAGGCCAGCAGCUGGGGUAGAAACUGUCUCUCACCGCUGUCACAGAAUCAUGUGUCUCUUACCAAAUGUGAGGACAUGACUGUCACGGUGUGCCCCGUACUGUGGGAUCCAUACGGCUCCACAGGUUUUUUUAGCAGUAGCCUUUUGGACCCCAUCCUGUUCCUCGUUAGAUACAGAAAUACUCUGCAUCGACUUGGAUAUCAACUCAUAUUGCAGUGACUAAAACAGCUGAGGUGUGUGUUCUGAAAGCUGACUUAGGGGAAAUUACCAGGGGACGCGGGACAUAUCUUGGGAAAUGAUAUCUUAACUCAGAGCAAUCAUGCCAACAACACAGAGGCUGAAGUUCCACCGCGGCAAAACCCGUUGGUGUGACUGUGAUCACUGUGCCAUAAAUAUCUGUGCUAUAUGCUGCAGAUAUAAACCAUUCAGCUAAAUAUAAGCCUGGGAAAUACGUCAAGAUAUAUAUCUACCAGUGCCUUUGCACAAUAUUUUACAUUAUCUAUGCACUAACCACUACUUUAAAACAUAAAUGAGACACACAUUAAUAAAAGCCUGUUUAAGCAGAAUUUGUGGCCUGGCUUUGCGCGGCUGUGUUAUAUCACAUGGUUUUCUCCCUGAAAAAUGCUGCAGUUGCAGUUUUAAUCACAUAAGGAGAAAAAUCACAUAUGCAGAAAAAUAAAAUUGGAAUAGUGUGUCCUCAUGUUGUCACGCUGCCAGGAUGAAUGAUACCACACGCUGGGAGGGAGGGAUGGUUCAGGGAAGACCUCUACCGGGCUAACACCCAGUGCCCCACACGGCCUCCGCAGCCAGGACCAAACUGUUUAUGUGCUGAUGCUUUUUGCAAUGAAAAACAGCUUAGCAUAUAAAAGUUUGAAUUUACACACUGCUCCUUGAAUUUUAUGUAUAAAAAAACAGUAAUAUAUACGCUUGGAAAUGAUUUUUUUUUAUUACUGUCACCAUGUAAACAUGCUUGGAUGUAACUGAGAUGUUAAUGAAGUCGUUUGACUUUCUGUUUUUAUGCUUCAGUGUAUUUUAGGUACAAACUCAUUUAUAAGCCUGUGUUUUGUACGUCUGUACAGCACAUGAAAUGUUUUUCAGUGGAUUCUUCCUCAGAGGGAAGCAUGAUUAAAAGCUGCGUCUACAGUUGUGUUAAUAGUCACAUAUUGAAUAAUUACAUUGUGCCAAGAAAUAGCUGCAAUUCCCAACAGAGCCUCUCAAUUAAUGUAGAGCAAGUGGCAACACGGCAGGUGCCGUGUCCUUUUACGAUUAGUCUGCAGUAGCCAAGAAUGAGCGGCGCACACACUGGCCUGGAAUGUAACGCACUGCAGACCUCCUGCCAAUGAAGUGUCACUGUACAAACCAUCAGAGUGGAUUUAUUAAGACUGCCAGAUAAGAACGUCUUUUCAUGUUUGGCACGGCUGCAUUAAAGUCUUUCCUUGGUCAUUAAACAGGCAGUCGUCUCGUACAAAAAAAUCUUUAUUGAGAUUCAGAUUCACAGUAAAAUGUUGGCUCACUUUGUUCUUUGAAAAACACCAAAUAUGUUUCCUGUACUGCAUGUACUGCGUGUAGUAAUAGGAUUGCAAAGAACCAAAAUUCAGCAAAUGACAGCAUGCAUUAGACCAAACAUACAGAGCUCUGCAUACAGUACAGGGGCAUAAAUGCUAUAAUUGUGCCUAGAAAAUAACACAAUCCAUGUUAUUGUGCAUUUAAAAUAUCCCACUCUGUAUCAGGGUUAUUCUCACUGUACGUGCUGAUAUUUGUAAAAUACAAAUUGAGCUAUAAAAUCUAGCAUUAGGAAACACAAGAAUACAUAAAUAAGACUAUGAAUAUAAAGUAUAUGAACUUCACAUCCACCAGCAAGUGAUAAUCCAGCUUCCCUGAUUAUAGGCGGUCUGUUUAUGUGGUCUCAGUAACGGUUUCAGUAGCAGGGAUGGAAAACAUGUUGGCUCAAGAGCAGUAAUAAAAUAUUUUAUUUUUAUUGUACUUUCUUUUUAUGACAGUUGUCAUUUCACAGAUCUAGAUUAUUAUACUAAAUAUACCUCAGGAGUAAACUGUGACAUAAAUUAUUGAUCUUCAAGAGAAAAUUCACCACCUUUACCACCUAUAUCUAUAUCAGCAGGGAAUUCACAACAGUGCAAUAUUCUGAAUA